AUGAGCAAACGAAAGCAGGAUGCCGGCGAGAGCGUUAUCAACAAGAACCCCAAUACCGACGACGAGAGUGGCGAGGACGAGGACUUCGAUGUGCUCAAUGUUGAUUUCGAGUGGUUUGAUCCUCAACCAGAGAUUGACUACCACGGAAUAAAAGCGCUCCUGCAGCAGCUGUUUGAUGUCGAUGCUCAGCUGUUCGAGUUAUCGGCACUGACCGACCUGAUUUUGUCCCAACCGACGCUGGGGUCUACUGUUAAAGUCGAUGGAAACCAAACGGAUCCAUAUGCAUUCUUGUCCGUAGUCAAUCUACAGGAGCAUAAGGAUAAGCCCUUCAUGGGUAAAGUAAUCCAAUACAUCCAGUCGAAAGCUAGAUCGAACCCCGGACUUGCUCCUCUCGCCGAACUGCUAUCACAGUCCACGAUACCUGCGAUCGGGUUGGUCCUGACAGAGCGUCUGAUUAAUGUUCCGUCGGAAAUUGUGCCACCAAUGUACACGAUGCUACUGGAAGAGAUUGAUUGGGCACUACAAGACAAAGAACCAUACAACUUCUCACACUACCUCAUACUCUCCAAAACUUACACCGAAGUUGCUUCAAAGCUGGAUGCUGAAGACAGUCGGCCCAAAAAGAAGAACAAAGCUGUCGGCAGUUCGUUUGAGACAAUGUACUUCCAUCCAGAAGACGAAGUGCUGCAAAGGCACGCUAUCUGCCACGGCGGAUUCGACUAUUCGAUAAAGCAAGAUGAAGGGCAUUCAGAUUCGAAACGAGUCUUUCAAGAGCUUGGGAUCAAGCCACAAGGGCACGCCAUCCUGAUUUCAGCCGAUCAAUUCAAGGCCGCAGUCCAAAACGUUGCAGAGUAUCUGAAGCCCCAGGCGUGA